UGCGCGAUGGACCCUAGUAAUAGCAGCGGAUAUGGAAGGGGAUUGUCGAUCGCGAGGAGCGUCUACCUUGGCAUCGAUGUCGGCACAGGCAGCGCCCGCGCCGGUGUUUUCAAUCACUCCGGCCGGCUCUUGGCGACCGCGAGCAGUCCAUUGCAAAUGUGGAAGGAUGGAGAUUUCGUGGAGCAAUCGUCCACAGAUAUCUGGCAUGCUGUUUGUGCCGCCGUCAAGGCGGCUUGCGAGAACGCUGCUGUCUCGAGCUCGGAAGUUUGCGGCAUUGGAUUUGCUGCAACGUGUUCUCUUGUUGCUAUAGGGGCGGACGACAAUCCAGUGUCCGUUUCGAUAUCGGGUGAUGCGAGACGCAAUGUCAUUGUCUGGAUGGAUCACCGAGCAGUGGAUCAAGCCAAGCGGAUCAAUGCAACCGGGUCACCCGUUCUACAAUUUGCUGGUGGUGGUCUCUCGCCGGAAAUGGAACCUCCUAAACUUCUAUGGGUCAAGGAAAAUCUUCCGGAGUCGUGGGCGGUUGCUUUCAGGUGGAUGGACCUCAGUGACUGGCUUACAUACAGGGCUACUGGUGAUGAUACUCGAAGCUUGUGCACUACAGUCUGCAAAUGGGGAUACCUCGGGCAUGCUCAUCUUCAACAUCAAUCGAAUAGUGACACUGUUGCAAUGGAAGCUUGUGGAUGGGACGACGUUUUCUGGCAAGAAAUUGGUCUUUCCGACCUGGUGGAAGGACAAUAUACAAAAAUCGGGAGAUAUGUUGCAUUCCCAGGCCAUCCGCUUGGGAACGGUCUUAGUGCUUUAGCGGCCAAGGAACUUGGACUCCUGGAAGGCACUCCGGUGGGGACUGCUCUAAUCGACGCUCAUGCUGGCGGCGUUGGUGUUAUGGAGGGUGUUCCUUCCAAAGAUGAAAGCAUUACAGAAAGGAUGGUCCUAGUGUGUGGAACGUCAACAUGUCAUAUGGCUGUGUCCCCCGAGAAGGUUUUUAUUCCUGGUGUCUGGGGUCCGUAUUGGUCAGCUAUGGUUCCUGGAUUCUGGUUAACCGAAGGUGGCCAGAGCGCAACUGGUGCUCUCAUCGACCAUCUUAUAUCCAGUCAUCCUGCAUCUUCCGUGCUCCUUGAACGUGCAAAACUGCAAAAGACUUCUAUCUACGAGUUAUUGAAUGAGAUUCUUGAUACAUUGGCCUCCCAUCCUGACGUUCUUUUUCAAGGUGCUUUGACGAGAAAUCUACACUUGCUUGCAGAUUUUCACGGGAACAGGUCACCGUUGGCAAAUCCUGACGCAAGAGGUGUCAUCAGUGGCUUGAGCCUAGAUGAUGAUCCACGAAGUCUGGCUCUGCUUUAUCUUGCAGCUAUACAGGGCAUAGCAUAUGGAACGCGCCAUAUCGUGGAGCACUGUAAUUCUCACGGCCUUCAGAUCAAGACACUAUUAGCAUGUGGAGGUCUUUCUAAGAACAAGGUCUACUUGCAACAACAUGCAGACAUCACAGGAUGUUCGGUGAUUUUGCCAAGGGAAAAGGAAUCUGUUCUUCUGGGGGCAGCUAUCCUUGGAGCUGUUGCUGCGAAGAAAUUUCACAAUGUCAAGGAGGCAAUGGAAGCCUUGAACGCACCUGGAUUGGUAGUCGAGCCAUCUCGACAUGAUACAGUCCAGAAAUACCACGAUGCAAAAUACAAAAUCUUUAGAUCAUUAUACGACCAGCAAGUUGUAUAUCGACAACAACUGGAUGCCGUCUUAGGCUGCUAAAAUUCUUUCUAAUUAUCGAAUUCCACGAUGCAGCGUCGCGAUGUUUCAUAUUAUUGAAAACACCGCGCGCAUCUUCCAUGCUUCCACAUUUCCCAGAGCUGAUCAUGG